AUGCCAGGCAGGGAAACAUCGAGUGCCAGUUAUUACCGUCUUCAGUUACGACGCAUCCCUGCCUUCCCAGGCCGACGCUCUUCCCAGGCCGACGCUCUAUCCAUGCACUACACGGUCCUGCUCUUCAGAAUCAUACACUGCACGUCCAAAAUGGCGGGUCAGUCCUCCUUCACCCCAGUCAUCCUCCACCCCAGUCCUCUGCACCCCAGUCCUCCUUCACCUCAGUCCUCCUCCGCCUCAGUCCUCCUCUACCCCAGUCCUCCUCCACCCCAGUCCUCCUUCACCCCAGUCCUCCUCCACCCCAGUCCUCCUCCAUCCCAGUCCCAGUCCUCCUCCACCCCAGUCCUCCUCCCACCCCCAGUCCUCCUCCCCCAGUCCUCCUCCCCAGUCCUCCUCCUCACCCCAGUCCUCCUCCACCUCAGUCCAUCCUCCUGCCCCCCAGUCCCCAGUCCUCCUCCCCCCAGUCCUCCUCCGUCUCAGUCCUCUGCACCCCAGUCCUCCUCCACCUCACCCCCAAAUCCUCCUACAGCCCCAGUCCUCCUACAGCCCCAGUCCUCCUCCCCAGUCCUCUCCUCAGCCCCCAGUCCUCCUCCGCCAGUCCUCCCUCAGUCCAGUCCUCCUCCACCUCAGUCCUCCCACAGCCCCAGUCCUCCACACCCCAGUCCUCCUACAGCCCCAGUCCUCCUCCACCCCAGUCCUCCUCCAGCCCCAGUCCUCCUCCACCCCAGUCCUCCUACAGCCCAAGUCCUCUUCCACCUCCAGUCCUCCUACAGCCCAAGUCCUCCUCCACCUGCCAGUCCUCCUCCACCCUCAGUCCUCCUCUUCACCCCAGUCCUCCUCUCCACCCCAGUCCUCCCUCCACCCCAGUCCUCCUCCACCCCCAGUCCUCCUCUCCAGUCCUCCUCCACCCAGUUCACCCCAGUCCUCCUCCCUCCUCAGUCCUCCUCCACCCCAUCCUCCUACAGCCCCAGUCCUCCUCCACCUCCCAGUCCUCCUCCACAGCUCCUGUCCCUCCUCCACCUCAGUCCUCCUACAGCCCCAGUCCCUCCUCCACCUCAGUCCUCCUCCAGUCCUCAGUCCUCAGUCCUCCCCCAGUCCCAGUCCUCCGCCUCAGUCCUCCUACAGCCCCAGUCCUCCUCCACCUCACCCCAGUCCUCCUCCCUCAGUCCUCCUCAGCCCCAGUCCUCCUCCACCUCAGUCCUCCUACAGCCCCCAGUCCUCCUCCCUCCUCCCAGUCCUCCUCCCAGCCCCAGUCCUCCUCCCACCCUCAGUCCUCCUUCACCCUCCCCCAGUCCUCCUCCACCUCAGUCCUCCUCCAGUCCCCUUGGUCCCUCCUCCUCCUCCUCCUCAGUCCCUCCUUCAGCCCCAGUCCUCCUCCUCCCAGUCCCCUCCUGUGUCCCUACUACCCCAGUCCCUCCUCCACCCUGUCAGUCCUACUCCCGUCCUGUGGCACAGUCCUCCUCCAGCCUCCAGUCCUCCUCCACAGCCCCUCCUCCUCUCCUCAGUCCUCCUCCACUGUCCCCAGCAGACUCCUCCAGCCCCCUGUCCUCCACCUCCUCAGUCCCGGUCCUCUCCUCCACCUCAGUCCUCCUCCAGCCCCAGUCCUCCUCCACCCCAGUCCUCCUUCAGCCCCAGUCCUCCUCCACCCCUCAGUCCUCCUUCCAGUCCUCCUCCACCCCAGUCCUCCUCCAGUCCUCCUACACCCCCAGUCCUCCUCCACCUCUAGUCCUCCUCCACCCACCCCAGUCCUCCUCCACCCCAGUCCCAGUCCUCCUUCACCCCCCAGUCCUCCUUCAUCCAACCCCAGUCCUCCUCCUCACCCUCCGUCCUCCUCCUCCUCCACCCCCCUCCUCCAUCCUCCAGUCCCAGUCCUCCUCCACCCCAGUCCUCCUCCUCCACCCCAGUCCUCCUUUCACCCCCCAGUCCCCUCAGCCCCAGUCCUCCUUCCACCACCCCCUCCAGUCCUCUCCUCCCACCCUCCUCCUCCCGGUCCUCCACCUCAGUCCUCCCCCCAGCCCCAGUCCUCCUCCACCUCAGUCCUCCUACAACCCCAGUCCUCCUUCCACCUUAGUCCUCCUACAGCCCCCGUCCUCCUCCAGCUCCGGUCCUCCUCCCUCCUCCAGCCCCAGUCCUCCACCUCCAGUCCUCCUACAGCCCUGUCCUCCUCCACCUCAGUCCUCCCUACAGCCCCAGUCCUCCUUCCACCUCAGUCCUCCUACAGCCCAAGUCCUCCUCCACCUCAGUCCUCCUCCAUUCCUCCAACCCUGUCCUCCGGUCCUCCUCCUCCUCCCAGUCCUCCUACAGCCCCAGUCCUCCACUUCCCCAUCCCCCACCUCCUCCACCCCAGUCCUCCUCCUCCCUCCUGUCCUCCUCCUCCACCUCCCUCCUUACCAGUCCUCCUGGUCCCCCAGUCCUCCUCCUCCUCCUCCAGUCCCUCAGUCCUCCUCCACCAGGCCCCAGUCCUCCUCCCACCUUCGGUCCUCCUCCCUUUGGUCCUCCUCCCACCACCCCAGUCCUCCUCUCCCAGUCCCCAUCCUCCUCCCCCCCCGGUCCUCCUCCACCCUUGGUCCUCCUCCACAGGUCCUCCAGUCCUCCUCCUCAGUCCUCCUACAGUCCCAGUCCUCCUCCACCCCAGUCCUCCUCCAGUCCUCCUCCUCCUCCCCUCCCCAGUCCCAGUCCUCCUCCACCUCCAGUCCUCCUGUCCCACCUCCUCCAGUCCUCCUCCUCCACCCCAGUCCUCCUCCACUCCCAGUCCUCCUGCCUCCUCCUCCUCCUCCACCCCCCUCCGUCCUCCUUCCUCCUCCACCCCGGUCCCUCCUCCACCCCAGUCCUCCUCCCAGUCCUCCUCCCCCGGUCCCCAGUCCUCCUCCACCCCGGUCCUCCUCCACCCCAGUCCUCCCUCCACCCCAGUCCUCCUCCCAGUCCCUCCCCUCAGUCCUCCUCCACCUCCGGUCCUCCUCCACCCCCUCAGUCCUCCUCCCACCUCAGUCCUCCUCCACAGCCCCAGUCCUCCUCCACCCCUCCUCCGGUCCUCCUCCAGCCCAGUCCUCCUCCGGGGUCUCCACGGUCCUCCUGCCCCAGUCCUCCUCCACCUCCUGUCCUCCUCCAGCCCCAGUCCUCCGGUCCCUCCACCUCAGUCCUCCCCGGUCCUCCUCCUCCUCCAGUCCUCCUCCACCCCGGUCCUCCUCCCGGCGUCCUCCUUCCACCCUCCUCCUCCCCGGUCCUCCUCCACCUCCGGGAUCCUGCUCCCAGUCCUCCACCUCCAUGGUCCCGGUCCUCCUCCACCCCAGUCCUCCUCCAUCCUUCCUCAGUCCCCUGUCCUCCUCCACCCCGGUCCUCCUCCCCAGUCCUCCUCCCCCGGUCCUCCACCUUCCCCGGUCCUCCUUCAGUCCUCCUCCUCCUCGGUCCUCCUUCCUCGGUCCUCCUCCACCUCGGUCCUCCUCCCCCGGUCCUCCUCCACCCCCCUUCCCCUCCAGGUCCUCCUCCUCCACCUCGGUCCUCCUCCGGUCCAGUCCCUCCUCCAGGUCCUCCUCCCCAGUCCUCCCAUCCUCCCGGUCCUCCUCCACCCCGGUCCUCCUCCCCCAGGUCCUCCCAGGUCCUCCUCCAGUCCCGGUCCUCCUCCCUCGUCCUCCUCCUCAUCCGCCUGGUCCUCCAGGGUCCCCAGUCCUCCACCUGGCCCGGUCCUCCUCCACCUCCGGUCCUCCUCCCACCCCCGGUCCUCCUCCCCCGGUCCUCCUGUCCCCGGUCCUCCUCCACCCGGUCCUCCUCCCACCCCAGUCCUCCUCCAGCCCCAGUCCUCCUCCUCGGUCCUCCUCCAACCCUCCCGGUCCUCCUUCCUUCGGUCCUCCUCCACCUCCAGUCUCCUCCCCCCGGUCCUCCUCCACCUCCUCCUACACUCCAGUCCUCCUCCACUCCAGUCCUCCUCCACCCCGGUCCUCCUCCACCCUCCUCCCCAGUCCUCCUCCAGCCCGGUCCUCCUCCUCCACUCACUCCAGUCCUCCUUCCAGCCCCCAGUCCUCCUCCACCUCCAGUCCUCCUAUAGCCCCAGUCCUCCUCCACCUCCGUCCUCCUGUGUCCUCCUCGGCUCCUACACCACCAGUCCUCCUCCGCCUUCAGUCCUCCCUCCUAGUCCUCCCACGGCCCAGUCCUCCUCCACCUCCGUCCUCCUAUGGCCCCAGGUCCUCCUCCCGGUCCCCGUCCUCCUCCAGUCCUCCUUCACCCCAGUCCUCCUUCCUCCACUCCCAGUCCUCCUCCUCCUCCCCAGUCCUCCUUCCCUCCCCAGGUCCUCCUCCACCCCAGUCCUCCUCCCAGUCCCAGUCCUCCUUCCUUCCACCCCAGUCCUCCUCCAGCCCCGUCCUCCUCCACCCCGUCCUCCUCCACCUCAGUCCUCCUACAACCCCAGUCUUCCUCCACCUUAGUCCUCCUACAGCCCCUCCUCCUCCUCCCUUCCUCAAGUCCUCCUCCAGCCCCAGUCCUCCUCCACCUCAGUCCUCCUACAGCCCUGUCUUCCUCCACCUCAGUCCUCCAGUCCUCCUACAGCCCCAGUCCUCCCUCCCUCCUCAGUCCUCCUACAGCCCCAGUCCUCCUCCACCUCAGUCCUCCUCAGUAACCCCUCCAGUCCAGCCUCCAGCCCCCCUCCUUCCAGUCCUCCUCCUCUUAGUCCUCCUACAGCCCCAGUCCUCCUCCACCCCAGUCCUCCUCCAGCCUCAGUCCUCCUCCAGCCCCAGUCCUCCUCCUCCACCCCAGUCCUCCUCCAUCAGCCCAGUCCUCCUUCAGCCUCCUCAGUCCUCCUCCACCCCAGUCCUCCUCCUACAGCCCCCAUCCUCCUCCAUACCCAGUCCUCCUCCAGUCCUCCUUCCGUCUCCUCUCAGCCCCAGUCCUCCCUCCUCUCCACCUCAGUCCUCCUACAACCCCAGUCCUCCUCCCCACCCCUCCUCCAGGUCCUCCUCCACUCAGUCCUCCUACAACCCCAGUCCUCCUCCCACCUUCCAGUCCUCCUCCAGCCCCAGUCCUCCUCCACCUCCCCGUCCUGCUACCAGUCCCCUCCUCCUCCACCUCAGUCCUCCUUCACCCCAGUCCUAUUCCUCCUAG